AGGUUGCACAACUCAUUAAUUUAUUCAACCCAUUCAAACUCACAUUACUCCGUGCUGGCUAUGAGCCUGAGUUCAAGGUAAUCCAGUUGAGAAAAAAUUCUGUGAGUCCGGGUCCUGGCUUCGUGAUGUCCAUGGUCGUGGUGUUGUCCACCAAGUGCGAGAAAAACCCGGACAACAUUGCGCCGGCCAUCGCGGCUCCGUUCGGCGACCUGACCACGCUUUUCCUGCUCUCCGGCUACUCGUCUUUAAUGCUGUACCAUCCGUAUCUGGCGCCGCUGGUGAUCGCGUUGUGCCUGCUCCUGCUGCCAAUGUGGAUAGUUCUGGCCCGACGCAACACCGUCUCCCGGGAAGUGCUGCGCGUCGGGUGGCUGCCAAUUAUUAUCGCACUCACGGUCUCGAGCUUCGGUGGGUACAUCCUGGAUUACGCAGUCUUCGCUUAUCCGCCAAUCGCCCUGCACCUGUCUUCAGUAAAUGCGCUGGGCGGCAACCUGGCGGCCGUCUUCAGCUGCAGCUUGUCCAGUUACCUCAACCGGGUGGCGCCACUGGGAGACAUACCAUUCGGGGAACACGUCUGCGUGGGGCCCCUACGGAUGUACUACCAAGGUGGGGAGAUGGCCAACGUGGCCUACGUGCUCGUCGGCGUCGUGGUGCCCGGCCAGACGCUGUUCGCCGUGCUCUCUAGGAUUCUGCGCUUCGGCAAGGUCUCCAUGAUCAUCACCUUCUUCGCAGCCUAUUGUGGUGCAUCGCUAGGGCAGGUGGGUCCCCACCGAUGA